GGCCUGCCGGCAUAUCGGGAAAGCUGUUGCGACAUGCAGGCGGCGGCCCGUUAAACUCCGGUCAGGUCGGGAGAGUUGGCCCCUCCGUGCCGCGAGCGGGCAGAUUCCUUAGGGCAUGGUGCUCCUCGUGCCCCAGCGCCCGGCAGUGGGCUUGCCACGGAGUCGCCCAGUAAACGCCGCGGUUGUUGAGUGAAUGAGUUCUCCGGGGGCCUGCCGUCGUUCGGCCCUACGCCAGGCCGAGAGCUGGAGGCGGGGAAGGGAGAUGUCGAAAUAGGGCGGGAUGAUUCGGAGACGACGACAGAUCACUCUGGGAGAAGCCAGCUGCCAUGUCAGGAAGACACUCAAGGAUCCCUGGAAAAGUCCCAUGGAAGAAGGCAUCAACUUGCCAGCCCUCAAAUGAGAUGGAGAAAUGAUCUCAACCCAUUUUUUGGCCUCCUGACUGGAAACCUCAGAACUCAGCCCUGCUGCAGACUCAGGAGAUGCCUGGGACGAGGAGACCACCUUCUCAAGGCAAAAGGAAAAGGAGGUGACAGGCAUUGAGACCACUGAAGGGAACCCAUGGCUAGGAUCAGUUUUUCCUACCUCUGCCCAGCCUCCUGGUACUUCACUGUGCCCACAGUGAGUCCAUUUCCCCGGCAGCGGGUGGCAUUCCUAGGACUCUUCUUCAUAUCCUGUCUCCUUUUACUUAUGUUAAUCAUGGACUUUCGACAUUGGGGUGCUUCAUUACCACGAGAUAGGCAAUACGAAAGGUAUUUGGCUCGAGUAGGAGAUCUUGAAGCUACUGACACGGAAGACCUAAAUCUAAAUUAUGGACUUGUCGUGGACUGUGGCAGCAGUGGCUCUCGGAUCUUUGUUUAUUUCUGGCCAAGACAUAAUGGGAAUCCUCAUGACUUGUUGGACAUCAAACAGAUGAGAGACCGUAACAGCCAACCAGUGGUUAAAAAAAUCAAGCCAGGAAUCUCUGCAAUGGCAGACACUCCAGAACAUGCCAGCGAUUACCUUCGUCCUCUGCUGAGCUUCGCUGCUGCUCAUGUGCCUGUGAGGAAGCACAAGGAGACCCCCCUUUACAUCCUAUGCACAGCAGGCAUGAGGCUUCUCCCUGAGAGGAAACAGUUGGCUAUCUUGGCUGAUUUAGUGAAAGAUUUACCUCUGGAGUUUGACUUCCUUUUUUCUCAGUCUCAGGCAGAAGUGAUCUCUGGGAAGCAGGAAGGGGUUUAUGCAUGGAUUGGAAUCAACUUUGUUUUGGGACGAUUCGACCAUGAGGAUGAAUCAGAUGCUGAGGCUCCCCAGGAAUUGGCAAUAGGACGCAGAAGGACAGUAGGGAUACUGGAUAUGGGAGGAGCCUCUCUCCAAAUUGCUUACGAAGUUCCUAGCUCAACUUCUCUCCUUUCUCCACAACAGGAAGAAGCUGCAAAGAUCUUGCUGGCCGAGUUCAACCUGGGCUGUGAUGUGCAGCACACUGAACAUGUGUAUAGGGUUUAUGUCACGACCUUUCUGGGAUUUGGGGGCAACUUUGCCCGGCAGCGCUAUGAAGACCUUGUGAUGAAUGAAACUCUUAACAAAAACAGGUUGCUGGGCCAGAAGACAGGUCUGAGUCCCGACAAUCCAUUUCUGGAUCCCUGCCUGCCUGUGGGACUCACAGAUGUGGUGGAAAGGAACAGCCAGGUCUUGCAUGUCCGAGGAAGAGGGGACUGGGUGGCUUGUGGGGCCAUGCUGAGCCCCCUGCUGGCUCGCUCCAACACCAGCCAGGCCUCGCUGAACGGCAUCUACCAGUCACCCAUUGACUUCAACAACAGCGAGUUCUACGGUUUCUCCGAGUUCUUUUACUGUACAGAGGAUGUGUUGCGCAUUGGUGGCCGCUACCACGGGCCAACAUUUGCCAAGGCUGCUCAGGAUUACUGUGGCAUGGCUUGGUCAGUACUCACUCAGAGAUUCAAGAAUGGCCUCUUUUCAUCGCAUGCAGAUGAGCAUCGACUCAAAUAUCAGUGUUUUAAGUCAGCUUGGAUGUACCAAGUUCUUCACAAAGGAUUCCACUUUCCAUAUGACUACCCAAAUCUGCAGACAGCCCAGCUGGUCUAUGACCGAGAAGUUCAGUGGACACUGGGAGCCAUUCUGUAUAAAACACGCUUCUUACCACUCAGGGAUCUACGGCAGGAAGGCGCCCGACAGGCCCAUGGUAGCUGGUUCCGUCUCUCCUUUGUCUACAACCACUAUCUCUUCUUUGCCUGUAUCCUGGUGGUGCUCCUGGCCAUCAUCCUGUACCUUCUGCGGCUGCGCCGAAUUCACCAGCGACAAAGUCGAGCCUCAGCCCCAUUGGACUUGCUGUGGAUUGAGGAGGUGGUGCCCAUGAUUGGGGUACAGGUUGGGCCAUGAGGCUGGACAGGUUCCAGGGAAACUCAAGUAUCCAGGAUUGCUGCCCAUUGAAUUCCACCACUUUCUCGUACUGGCCUCAGAUGCUGUUUUGCCUGACUUUGUGGAUGUUUGGCCUUGGAAUUUCUACUUCAAUAUCUACUUUAAUUCCUUCUCAAUAUCCAGGUCCUCUUCUCUGAGAGAAGCUGUAAUUUAGUCUAUGAAGAACUAAAUGAGAGAUUGGUGCUAACAAAGGGGCCCAACUUUAGUCCAAUUGAAGCAUGCUUCUACUCCUUUAUCUGAGUGAUCUGGUGUGCUCCUAGGAUCUAGACUUUUCUCCCCUUGCUUAAAGCUUGAAGUUUGGCAUUGGGCACACUGGAAGCCUGGUUGAAACCAAACUUGGAGCAUCUGAUUCAAAGCCGAAGACAUUCUAGCAAGUGCAGCAACUCCUUCUUUCUCUGUAACAGAGAUAUCACUUAUGUGGAGAUCCACAGCCUUUAAUAGGGAUCCAAGAUCAGCGGAACAGAUAAGAAUUUCCAGGCAACCAAAAUAACAUAACUUCUUUGCUUACUCGACAAAGAAGCCAUUGUGAGUGUGGUCCAAGAUCCCUGACAUACUGUUGCUGAUGUUAGUUUGUGAUUUUAAAAGGUUAGAACCCUUUCUAAAUGAAUGGUCCAUUGAAGAUUUUAACCGUAUGUUAUCUGACGCCUGGUAUGACCAGGAUAGAAAAUUUUUCCAUGUCUAUGUGCCUCACAUGCUGUUUGGGCAUUAAUUUUUCUUUUUUGAGCCUUGUGUGCUUGUAGGGAUGGAGAAACUGUGAGGGGGAUUGGAUUUGUCUGGUUUCAGGUCACUGUCCUCUAGGCCUAUUUUUAUGAGUCCUUAUGUGGGAAGGUUUAAAAGAGUUCCUUUAUUUCACUGCUGAGAUCAAUAUGGAGUUUCAGAAGGGAUGCAUUUGGGUUGUUUUUAAAGAAGGAAAGAACAAUAUCAGGAGAGUGGGCAAAGGCAGUAAAAUUCCAGCUCUUGUUUAUUACUGUUUUUCUGAGAAAUAGAAGUUCUCUCAAUUUGACUCUUGGAAUAUUUGAAAAGAAGCAAAUCCUAAACUUUGGAAUAAAGAUAAAUCUGUUAAUAAUCCACAUGGCAACUUUCAGAAUAUCUCUUAAGAGAUUUCUCAGUCAUAAACAGCAUUUCCAUUAAUGGGGAGAGAGGAAAAACCAUAGUAAUUACAUUUUUAUCCGCUAACCUUUAGCAGCUUUGCGUCUUCUCUGCAUUUAGCCUUCAAAUUGCCCGAGGAUUUCUUUUUCAUCCCCUGUGGAACCUUCUUUAUACUUCAAUCUUUCCUCUAUGUAGCCUUAAAUGUCCUGCCCAAGAAUACACUCCCAGAGUUAAAAUAGUUUUCUUUUGUGUCAGCUUUGAGUUCUAGGAUUACAUGAGUAGGGGAAAGGUCCUUAACUUUAAAGGGAAAAAAAAGUGGAAUUCUUAAAGAAUAAAUUCCAUACUGGGAGCAGAAAGGAAAUACGUGCUUCAUAAAACUGAGAAAAAUAAAUCCAGAUCCCCCUAGAAAUAAACUGAGAUGAAAAUAAGUAUACUGACUCUUGGUUGGUAGGUGAAAAGAUAAUGAGUCCUAGAUAAAAAUGCAUCCAGCAAAGAGUCUUACAGGUUCCUUUGGAAGUACUUUUUAUUUUUCCUUAGGGCUUAUGUCACAGCAAUUUCCUUUAAUUUUUAAGAUUUCUAAAUUGCCUUUUCUUUGACUUCUUAUCUUUGUGUCUGUACUGUGAGUGACCCCUUGCCUAUGAAUGCUGCUUAUAAAUAAUGUCAUCAUCUGUUUCUGCUAGCCACUGCCUACUCAGGUAACUCUUCCCCUCACCUUGGUUUCCAAAUACUAUUUUUGGUUUUCUUGUGUGGUCUAGUCAAAGAUCUUCUGAAAAGCUACCUAGUGGGCUAACAGUGAUCAGUGAUUUGUGUACUCAGAAUGAAACUGAAGCAUGGAGGAGGUGGUGAUUGGUCCAGCUUGAAAGCUCUUAUUAAUGAAGUUAUUCUUCAUCCUGGAUAUGAUAAUAAUAGCUACUAUUUAAGAAGCACUUACUGUGUAUCAGACACUCAGUUAAGAAUUUUAUGUAUAUUAUUUGAUCAUGACAAUCAGAUUGGUAUUAUUGUGUUCUUUUUAUAGUUGAGAAACUCAGGAUACCUGUUUAUCAUUUUUUUCCAUAUAAAUGUAUUUCUUAUUCUUAAUUUAUUUUAAUUAGUCUUUGAAUUUUUUUAGUGUUAUAUCCUGUUUAUUAUUUUAAUAUUAUAGGAUCUAGGCUUGUCUUUAUAGAGUAAGGCAUCUCAGAGUUCCAUGGUAUAAAAAUAAGAAAGACAAAUUUUUGUCAUACCCCUCAGAAAAACCAAGUAUUUGCCCUUGGUUCUGGGUCCUGUGCUUCUUCCAAUGCUCCCAGUUAAAAAUUUUAAAUGAAAUUUCAUUAGCUAGAAACAGAAGCCAUUUAACCCUUGCUGAGGGCCAAUUACUUAUAUAUACUGCUUUCUCAAAAGGAAAUGUUCUUACUUAUGGAAUCAGACAGUCUAUCUUCCCUUUAAUCCUCUUUUUGCUGUCAGUUGUUAAAGAUUUCUAUUUGUAUUUCUGCAUUUUGAGUGGUUCUCAUGAGAAAAUAAUUAUGAUUUCAUAAAAUUCACAUUCCAUUGGUUCCUUUGAAUCUUACCAAGCAGUCUUCCUUAUAACAGCAACAAUGAACCUGAACUGUUUUAGUGCUUUAAUUACUGACAUAGGUCACAAAUGUCAAAAUCGAGUCAGUGGCUUAUAGGAGUGAGGCUUUAGUAUCCUUUGUGCUGGCACAACCCAUCACUUUUCUCUGAAUUCUUAUCAUGAGAACAUAAUGAAAAAAUAUAUAAUACCCAGUUAUUUGGCAUUACAUUCACUUCAGUUGCAGUUAAUUCUAAGCCAAAUUAUACCAUCUUUCUCUCUGUACCUUAGCUCCUUGAAUUGAAUUUCCUUGGUCAAGGAAAUUUUAAUCACUUUCCACCAACCUUGUAUUUAUUCUUCUAAUGUUAGCCGAAGUAUUCUGCCUCCGCCCUCCUCAGCCUAAGAGCUCUCUUUAACUUCAGAGGCCUUAGGCAAUGAUUAUUAAAAUGUGGUUGAGUCUGCCAUGAACUUGCUAAGCUAGUCAUUUUAGGCAUUAAAAUUUAUUAUCACUUCCAUAUUUAUAUUUUUGUGAUACAAUAACUUCUCACUGGUAUUAUCUAAAUAGAUGCCUCCCCCCACCCCUAUUCUCAUAGUUUUGUGUUUUGCUUUUUAUCAGGAGUGAAAGACAAGUGGGUGGUGUGAUUUAGGGCAAAGAACAGCAGGCUUUGGAACAGCAGAUUUGGAUUCUAGCCCUGGCUUUGUCAGUAAGUAGCUCUGGUACCCCAGGCAAGUCACCUGCCCUCUCUGGUUUCUCUCUCACCUAUAAAACAAAACGGCUACACAAGGUGAUCUGAGGCCAGUUCCAGAGAGAGAACAAUUGGCCUAAGGAACUAAAGGUGGAGAAGGUAGAGAAGUGAUACAGUAGUUUCAAGAAGAGAACUGUGGCCUUUGGUGUAGAAGACCAGGCUUCCCUGAAGAAGCAGUGGUCAUUUCCUACUUUAUCCAUAGCCCCUGACAUGAAGGUUGGUGGGAAUGGAGUUUCCAAAAACAAUCAUCAUACAUCAAUUUCAGAAAAUGAGAUUUUUAAAGCUGAGACUUUAGAGAUUUCUGGUUAACCUGUAUUUUAUGGAUGAUGAAACUGACACCCAGAACAGUAGCUACACAUGCAAAUGAAAUGCUCAUUGACAGACUCUUCUUGCAAGACUGUGUGUCUCAAAAGAACAUAUAUUGGGUUGGCCAAAAAAGUUCAUUCUGGUAUUUCUGUGAGAUCUUAUGGAAAAACCUGAACGAACAUUUUGGUCCACCCAAUAUAAUACAGCCAACUGCAACUAAUCACGCUCAAUCUUUAUUAUAACUGCUUCUGAUAUUCAUUUGUGAUUGCUCACAUUUAGGAAUAAAAUAUGAAAGAAAUACUUUGUUAGAAAUAGUGUCAGAAUUUCACUACAGCCAUUCUAGCUUCUGUCAUUAUUUUAGGUAUCUUUUUUAAAACAAUUUGCUUAAUUUUGUGCAAUUUUCCUAACCACAGCAUCCAAGCAAUUCAUGUUAUGGUUACAGUCUAAAUUAUUUAAGAUAUACAUGUUUAUUAGAGCUACCUCAUUAAGGAACUUGGUUGUAAUUAUUGGGCAGUUCCUAGACUCCCUUACAAAAACAGAAUGCUGUUUCUUUUUGCUGUUUUUAAACUUCUUUUCAAACCAAUUCAGAACUAGUAUCUAAUUUCCCUUUUUGCUGUGGUAUGUGAUGAAACUUCAACUGGAACUAAGAAUUAAGGUAGAAGUAGCAGAUGUUUCAAAUUCUCCCCAACUAGUCUCAGAUUAUGCUGAUUUCCCAGUCCUGCCAUUAGGGCCAUGUGCUCUGUCAAACUCAUGAGGAUUUGUUGGUAUUACAAAAAAUAUUUGUUAAAAAAUGAGGGCUUUUUAAAAAAAUAUCUGAAUAGACUUCCCUUGUAUUAUUACAGGUGUUUCCUUUUCUGCCUAAUAAUUCAUUAUUUCUCAGUUUGUCAGCACCAUUAUUAGAGGGACAGAGGAGGAAUACAUCCGCUGACCAUUUUGUUUCUCUGAGAGUCUGAGCAAUGAUAUUGUUUUAUCUGUAAAACUGAAUCAUUACCCAUACCACAAGGGCAUUCUACUUUUAAAAUGUAUUCAGUCGUUGCUUGCCAUUUUUAUAAAGACCAAAGCUGAAAAAAAUUUUGGACUCACAGGAUUAUAGCCAUGCAUGCAUGACUUCAGGCAAGCUGAGCCUCUCCUUUUUAAGUAGUGCAGCCACUCAUAUGCCCUCUGGCAGCCUACCACUCCUCUCCACUCUCUCCACCUCUCCAGUGUAAGGUAGCCCUGCUACUUUCCUAAGCAGCCCUUCCUACAGGGCACCUGCCAGAGUUUAGCCUGUUAAGAUUGCUGAUGAAGGCUCUGCCCCUAAUUAGCAUCAUAAAAUCUUUCUUUCCAAGCAAGAAUCCCAAACGCUGUAAUUUCUGGAACUUGUCAUUAUGUUGUGUUUGAAAUUAUCCUACAGUUCCCCUUUAUUUGAAGCCCUGAAGUAUAUAUGUUUUGUCUCCUCCAUUUCUGCCUUGAGCAUUGGAUCCUGCAGUGUUGAAAGACAUCUUUUUAUUAUGAUCCACAACUAAAAUAUUCCCUUCUUGCUUUAAAAAACCAAAGGCUGCCUGCAUGGCAUCCCUUUUGGGGGUUGCUAAGCUUGUAUGUUUUUCUAAUGCUUCACGUUAAAUAAUAGUUUUGCUGAACAUUUCUUGAAAUUCUAAUACUGUUAAAUCAGUGUUGAACAAAAUGUGCAAUGCAUAUUAGAGACGGGAUGCAUUCUCCCUUAUGCAGGGACAUGGGUGUAUAUGUUACAUACGCCAGUAUACAACCCACCAUUCACGCCGGGACUGGAAGGAUAAACUGGUUAUCCUACUAUAAUGAUCAUCAGUGUUGUUCUUUGCAGCCAGCAUCACAUUAGGCAGUGGCUAAUUAUUACCCCUGCCACAAUGGACAGCAUUUGUCAGUGUACGUUAAAGACAAAGAUAUCCUGGGUUGAUUAAGAAAACCAGGUGUUUUAAUUUCCUUUGAUGUUUUAAAAACUGACAAUUGAUGAGAGACUAUUGAAAACAUUAAGGGAAAUUCAUUUCAUCUUCCAGGUGUGAUGACUUAUUUUGAAAGCAGUGUCUGAGACACCAAUCUGUAAUCAUCCAUUUUCCAUUCAUUCAUGUAAUAUUUGGUAUGUGUCUGGUGCUGGGAAUAAUGCAAACAAAAGUAAUUCAGAUAAUAUCCAUUCACCAGGAGCUCAUAGAUGGGCAUAAUACAAUUCUAUCACUAAAUGCAAACAGAUCUGUUUUUCCAAACUUACUCAUCUUUAAUAAAAGAAAAAAUGAA